AUGGGUGACAUUUCACAAGAGCCUGUCAUGCCUCCAGUCCAGAGGAGAAAGUUAGAUCCACUUCCAAAAAAGCAUAGACGUCUUAGGAAGGCUGUAAGGUCAAAGAGAAUGAGGAAGAACAAGAGGAGGGAGAAAGUGGAGACCCUCUGCCCCCCAAUCCUUCCAACACCUUUGGUACCACCACAAAGUGAAGAUGAAGUGGUAGAUACAAAGCCGACUGUACUCAGUGCUCACAAAGAUGAUCCUGACCUUCCCAGUGAAGACCCAUUACAGAGUCAACAGGAUGAGGGUGCCUGUGUGACGCAUCAGGAGUGUCCAAUCCAGCCCUGUAAGCAACCAGCAUCCUCGGAGCCUGGGCCCUCUUCUCCUGCAGUGACAUCCUUGGCAUCACCACCACUCUGCUUUGGUCGCUUCUUAAGCUGUGUCUGCCGGACCUUCUCGAGGUCUAGGAAGUGGAAGCGCCCCAGAAGGCAGGGUACUGAGCUGACUGAGGCAGGAGGUGAUGCCAAGUCUCUAAGACCUAGCCUGCUGAGGGAUCUGGGCAAAAACAGAGUGCAGCCUCAUGAGGGCCAGUAG